UAUGGACAUGAUGGAGGUUGGGGGUCCCCCUGGAAAAAGGGGCUUACCGAAAUUAAGGGAGCUUCUGCGGCGUCAGAGACGAGAUUCUGAGAGUGGAGGAUUGUUCCAGAGUAUGGGUGAUCUGCCCGAUAUCGAGUUCACCUAUGAUGACGCCGACAAGUAUGACUUGGAGAUCUCAGAACUGUACAGCUACACUGAAGAGUCUGAACAUUAUACCAAUAGGAAGUACUUCGAGGAAGACUUGGCAAAACAUGGUGUUCAAGGCUGGAAGGAGGCAGAAGACUCUUUCAAAAGGACGCAUAUCCACCGUCUUCUGAACAGCAUGGACAUCAGUGAGAGGACAUUGAGGAUGAGGGCUGUCAGGUCUGUUCUCUAUCUGGCACAAGGUGUGUUUGGUGAGGUGGAUUGCGACAGUGAGCAAAUCAAGUGGGCUAGGAUAAAUGUGUUCUUACUGUAUGAGUGUGGGGCAUUCACGGUCCUUGUUGAACUGCUCAAUAUGGAGAUGGAGAAUAUGGCCGCGACAUCAAACGCCCUACGGAAACCUGCCGUGUCUCUGGCAGACAGUUCUGAUCUAAGGGUCAUCUUGAAUAUUCUGUACACAAUGGUUGAGACAAUGAGGCUAGAUGAUGAGAAUGAUUCAGAGGUAUGGAAGGAGCUAAAACAGGCAUUUAAAGUCGAAUUAGGUCAGCCAAUCUACGAAGAGGAAACCUUAGCUGUCCUGCUCUUUGGAAUGAUCACCAAGUUCUGUAGCGGUAACGCCCCACAUUUCCCCAUGAAGAAGGUGCUACUGCUCUUAUGGAAAGUGCUCUUGCUUUCUCUCGGCUCCUUGGCUGAACAAUACAACCACAAGAAUGAGGUGCGGGCCACUCUAAGCCUGCCCGCCGUGCCUGAGGACACUCAAGAAGUUUGUAAAACAAUGCGAGCUGCAUCACCUCCCGCGUCUGCUGCAGACUUGAUAGAAGCUCAGCAAUUGCCAAGAAGUCGUCGUGGCAAAAAGGCGUAUAGAACCAACAACUAUAAUAAUGACAAUGGUAGUCUGAUGAAACAGAGCAGCCUCGAGGACCCAUUUGAUAACGGUGACGAUGAGAUCACACGGGAGAUUGAGAACAGCCGUGGCAGUGAUGAUGACAUGCAACCUCCGACACCAUGCCCUGGCUCACCAGUUGAGAGUAAGGGACUGCCAUGGAUUCCAAAAGUCAGACAAAGAGACCUCGAGAACUUCCUUGAGCAAACGCGAUCCAAGUUUGUUGGUUUCCAAGUGCGAGACGACCAGAACUCGUUGGCUGGUAUGCCACAACCGAUACAUGAAGGUGUCAAGGUCCUCAAGCAGCACUUAUACAUCUCGUUGUCUGAGGUGCAGAUCAAGAGGGAGGAAGAGAUUGCUAAGAAUCCACUGUCGAAGCCGGAAGAAGAUAUUGAGGUGACCCCUGCAGAGAUUCUCUACUGUGGCAUGCUGCCUAACCUGCCACAGUAUAUGAUUGCUUUGCUGAAGAUCCUCUUGGCGGCAGCACCAACAUCCAAGGCCAAAACUGAUUCUAUCAACAUCUUGGCAGACGUGUUACCUGAGGAAAUGCCAACGACUGUCUUACAGUCGAUGAAACUCGGCAUUGAUGUGAACCGUCACAAGGAGAGCAUUGUCAAGGCCAUCUCAGCGAUCCUUCUCCUCUUGUUGAAACACUUCAAGAUCAACCAUAUCUAUCAGUUUGAGUUCAUGAGUCAGCAUCUGGUGUUUGCUAACUGUAUCCCUCUCAUCCUGAAGUUCUUCAAUCAAAACAUCAUGUCGUAUGCUACAGCCAAGAACACUAUCCCGAUGUUAGAUUUCCCAUCUUGUGUGAUUGGAGACCAACCAGAACUAACAGCUGAGAACCUGGAAGCCGGUGACAGUCAGCAGUACUGCUGGCGUAACCUCUUCUCCUGUAUUAACUUGUUGAGGAUCCUGAACAAACUGACCAAGUGGAAGCAUUCGAGAACCAUGAUGCUGGUUGUGUUCAAAUCGGCACCAAUCCUAAAGCGAGCCCUGAAAGUAAAACAUGCCAUGAUGCAGCUCUACGUGUUGAAACUGCUCAAGAUGCAGACCAAGUAUCUCGGCAGGCAGUGGCGCAAGAGUAACAUGAAGACAAUGAGCGCCAUCUAUCAGAAAGUGCGACAUCGCUUGAACGACGACUGGGCUUAUGGCAAUGAUAUGGAUGCGCGUCCAUGGGACUUCCAGGCUGAAGAGUGUGCUUUACGUGCCUGUGUUGAUCGCUUCAACAAUCGGAGAUACGGUACGAAUGGAACCGAUCAGGACUUUGAACCAGUGGACAAUUGUAUACAUAGCCUUCUGGGUAAAGAACUGGAACUGAGCGAGGAGUUCAAGAGGAAUUAUGAACGUUGGUUAGAAAUGGAAGUGUUCACAACUCAGAUCGAUUGGGAUCAAGUUCUCUGCAGAUGAUAGGUGGCGCUGAUGUCACUCUGUCAUGUGGACCUGUUACUAUAACUGAGCUUGCUGAAUGUCAUCUGUCAUAGAACACAUUGGAGUAGGUUCUGUCAGGUGAUUCAAUAGCAGUGGUCAAUUGGAUCCUCCGUCUUCGUACUAUACAAUAUUAGUUGGUAUUCUUCACCAUAAGACUCAGCUGAUGACGAUAGGUCACAGAGUUGCCUCAAGACAGAUGUUUGGAGUGCACAAGACAUGUAUGGAGAACAAACCACUGAAUUCUUUUCGAACCAGUCUUGUCUCUUGGCACUCCUAUGCUGCGAAAAGUGUGAGGGCCUCAAAUCCUCUUCGGAAUGUGUUUGAACAUGAAUGAAUGUUUGUACUUGUGUAGAUCAUGUAUAUUUAUUAUUACUCUGUAAUAAGUCGUAAGUUAUCAAUAAAAUGUGGAAUCAAAUUAA